CAUUCUUGGAGGACGUUGGUAACACUGCUCAACAACCGGUGAGGUGCCUAACCUGUUUGCCGUUGACGAGAAGGCGGAAAUGUGUGAGCGAAUGCGCGUGUUGGACCGCCAACGAGACCGCGACAAACAGACAGAUGGCAGCCCCCUUUCUCUUUUCAACAUGUUUAUAGAGCGCUGUCGCACACAGCUGCAUGUGGUGUUGGCCAUGAGUCCCAUCGGAGACGCCUUCAGGAACCGUCUGAGACGUUUCCCCGCCCUCAUUAACUGCUGCACUAUUAACUGGUUCCAGACAUGGCCAGAGGAUGCCCUGCAGGCGGUGGCCUGUCGCUUCCUGGAGGAUGUUGAAAUGACCGAUGAGUCCCGAGAAGGCUGCAUCAACAUGUGCAAGAGCUUUCACACCUCAACCAUAGAACUCUCCCAUCGCUUUAUGAACGAGUUGCAGCGCUACAACUACGUCACCCCAACCUCAUACCUGGAACUCAUUAACACUUUCAAGGCUCUGUUAAAUACCAAAAGAGCUGAGGUGAUGAAAAUGAAACGUCGCUAUGAGGUGGGCCUGGAGAAGCUGGAGUCAGCAGCAGAUCAGGUGGCCUCCAUGCAGGUGGAGCUGGAGGCGCUACAACCGCAGCUGCUCGUGGCCAGCAAGGAGGUGGAUGAGAUGAUGGUGGUGAUCGAGCACGAGUCUGUGGAGGUGGCUGAGACAGAGAAGGUGGUGAAAGUGGACGAGGCCGUGGCCAACGAGCAAGCCAUGGCUGCCAAAGCCAUCAAGGAUGAGUGUGAUGCUGACCUGGAGGAAGCCAUGCCCAUCCUGGAGUCGGCGCUGUCUGCCCUGAACACUCUCACCAAUCAGGAUAUCACAGUGGUGAAGUCCAUGAAAAGCCCGCCCCUAGCUGUCAAACUGGUGAUGGAGGCGAUCUGCAUUCUCAAAGGCAUCAAGCCAGACCGCGUACCGGACCCCUCCGGCUCUGGUAAAAAAGUGGAGGACUUUUGGGGCCCGGCCAAAAAGAUCCUGGGAGAAAUGAAGUUUCUCCAAAGCCUCCAUGAAUAUGACAAGGACAACAUCCCACCCAGUUACAUCGCCAUCAUCCGCAACAAGUACAUCACCAACCCAGACUUUGUACCGGAGAAGAUCCGAACUGCAUCCACUGCAGCUGAAGGCCUGUGUAAAUGGGUAUGCGCCAUGGACAAGUAUGAAAAGGUGGCCAAGACGGUGGCUCCCAAGAAGGAGAAGCUGGCGCAGGCUGAGGGGGAGCUGCUUGUGGCCAUGACAGGCCUCCAAAAAAAACAGGCUGCCCUCAAAGAAGUCCAGGAUAAACUCGCAAAACUUCAGGAGACGUUCGAAGCUAACAAGAACAAGAAAGUUGAACUGGAGAAUCAGGUGGAUCUGUGCAGUAAGAAGCUGGAGCGAGCGGAGCAGCUUAUUGGAGGCUUGGGUGGAGAGAAGUCACGCUGGAGCGAAAUGGCCUUCAAUCUCGGAGAGCUCUACAACAACCUGACCGGGGACAUCCUGAUCUCAGCGGGCAUCGUGGCUUACCUGGGAGCCUUCACCUCCAGCUACAGACAGGAUCAAACGGAGGAGUGGAUGGAUCUAUGCAAGAGCAGAGAGAUCCCCUGCUCCCCCAACAUGUCCCUGAUGAACUCUCUGGGCGAUCCAGUAAAGAUCAGAGCCUGGACCAUCGCUGGCCUCCCAUCAGACAGCUUCUCCAUAGACAACGGGAUCAUGAUCUUAAACGCCAGGCGCUGGCCCCUGAUGAUUGAUCCCCAGGGACAGGCAAACAAGUGGGUGAAAAACAUGGAGAAGGCCAACAGUCUGCAUAUCAUUAAACUGAGUGACGGUGACUUUGUACGCACUCUGGAGAACUGCAUCCAGUUUGGCAACCCAGUGCUGCUGGAGAAUGUAGGCGAGGAGCUGGACCCCAUCCUGGAGCCUCUGCUGCUGAGACAGACCUUCAAACAGGGCGGGGCCAUGUGUAUACGCCUGGGAGACUCCACCAUCGAAUACGCUCCAGACUUCCGCUUUUACAUCACCACCAAGCUACGCAACCCACACUACCUGCCAGAAACCUCCGUCAAGGUCACCCUUCUGAACUUCAUGAUCACCCCUGAAGGCAUCCAAGACCAGCUGCUUGGUAUCGUGGUGGCUCGGGAAAGGCCCGACUUGGAGGAAGAGAAACAGGCUCUUAUCCUGCAGGGAGCAGAGAAUAAAAGACAACUAAAGGAGAUCGAGGACAAAAUCUUAGAGGUGCUGUCCUCUUCCGAGGGCAACAUCCUGGAGGAUGAGACGGCCGUCAAGAUCCUCUCCUGCUCGAAAGUGCUGGCCAAUGAGAUCUCAGAGAAGCAAGCUGUGGCCGAGGUGACGGAGCGGAUGAUCGACGAGACCCGCAUGGGUUACACCCCCAUCGCCAUGCAUUCAGCCAUCUUGUUCUUCUCCAUCGCUGACCUUGCGAAUAUCGAGCCCAUGUACCAGUACUCCCUCACCUGGUUCAUUAACCUCUUCAUCAGCUCCAUCGACAACUCAGAGAAGAGUGAAGACUUGGAGCAGAGGUAG